AUGCCGCUGAGCGGAAAGCGUGUGAGUGCCCAUUUCACUGUUACCCUUUACCCGGGUAUUCUUUCGCGAAGGCUCAAGCCUGCAAACGGUUGCUGCUUUAUCAGCAACCUUGGAGAACCUGAAGGGAAGCUACAGUAUGUACUUUGGUGCCGUCAUGUGUGCCGCUGA